AUGAAAAAACAGAGGGUUCAAUACGAGCCUCCGGAGCUGCCCGCGUCGCCUGAAUGUACAGAUCCUGGAGACACAGGGCAUUGCGGGCCAAAAGAUCUGGAGGAGAUCCAUUUGGAGCUGCAGAUUUGCAGCAAAUGCACCAGGAAAUCCAAGAAGAAAGGUGGCUUUGAUCCAGUGAAAGCAUUUCAAGAUCUUCCACUGGACGUGCGACCUGCGAAGUGCUUCAAGCAGUGCAAGAGGGGACCCAAUGCCAGACUGGUGCGUGCCGGCCAUCGCAAGCCCUUGGCGGUCGAUGGCAUGACAGAGAAAGAAGCAAAGCACAAGUGCUUUCACGACAUCAAUACAGCCGCUGAUGCUGCGCGAGUGGCCAACCUUAUCCAGAAGGUGACAGGAGCGCAACUUGCCGAACUUGCUGGCGAGUCGGAGAGUGACAGCUCCAGCGAUUCCUAA